AAGAGUGUGUGUGGUAAUUUGAUCAGCAGUCAAAACAGCAGCCAUGUUAUAAAUACUGUGUAAAUCAACUUCUCAACAAAUUAUACGGAGAAAACUUAAACUAAGGCGCAAAUGAUUAUUUCAGAUUAUGUUUUAAGGACAUACGAUUAUUGCGGCGACAACCAUGGACCAACAAAUUGAACGUAAACAAUGACAACAAGUUUUCUGAAGCAUGGUUUAAAUGCAAAGCAAAAUCUGCGGCAGCUAUUUCGAAAGUUCAGAGAUUUAUGUAAUCCACGUUGUAUAUCAAUUGUAGGACUUGUGUGUCUGAUUGUCCAGUUCUUGCUCUUAAUUCUGUAUGGCCAUACAAGAUGCGAAGGCGAAAUCUGUGUAACCGAAAGUAAAAAUAAUUCCUCUUUCUACAGAAUUUUUUUUUGGAACUGGAGAAAGAAAGAACCUCUCCUACCAUUAUGUCCAACUAUACCCCCUGACCUUUAUGGUUAUAUCAAACCUAGCACCGAAGUUUUAACUUGGGCUGAGCUCGAGUCUAAAUUCUUGAACCUGCGUUAUGGAGGGCGAUAUAAACCACGUAACUGCACAUCACGUCAUAGAGUGGCCAUCAUAGUACCAUUUAGAGAUCGUGAAAUACACCUGAAGAUUUUUCUAAAUAAUGUACAUCCUAUAUUGCAGAGACAACAGAUAGAUUAUGGAAUAUAUGUUGUAGAUCUAGAUUUAAAAGUUCAAUUUAACAGAGCUUUGCUGCUGAAUGUUGGCGUUUUAGAAUCUUUAAGAAUAUACGACUAUCAAUGCUUUAUAUUCCAUGACGUGGAUUUAUUGCCAGAAAAUGAUAAUAAUUUCUACAGUUGUCCAGAUAAUCCUAGACAUAUGUCUGUAGCCGUGAAUCGACUAAAGUACAAACUCCCGUAUGAUAAGAUCUUUGGAGGUGUAUCCGCUAUAUCGAAAGAAGACUUUUUCAAAGUCAAUGGUUACUCUAACAGAUAUUUUGGUUGGGGAGGAGAAGAUGAUGACAUGUUUAAUAGAAUUAACGCAAUGAACUUGACCACAACAAGAUAUCCUUCGGAUAUUGCUAGAUAUAUAAUGUUGCCGCAUGCCAAACAAGAAGAGAAUUUAGCCAGGUUUGAUAUAUUAAAGUCUGGGAAAGUGACUUUCAAGAGAGAUGGAAUAAAUACACUGAAAUACGAUAGACUGAUACUGGAUUUCCGUCGACUCUUUACAUAUAUAUUGGUCACUGUUAAUCAAACGGAAAUAGCUUCUGGGAGAGGCAUCAGAUACGAUGUAGAAACAGACCAGGGCUGACAAAAUAUUGCUGAGAUGACUGACCAGUAUAUAUGAUAUGGAGGAAUUAUAAUUAUAAUGUUAUACAAGAUUGAUCAGAAAGCUAUAUUGUGAUAUAUGUAAUUGACAUUCCAAUGAUGGGAACAAUACCGUGGCAUGUGUGUACAGAUAUGAACAUAAAUAAUUAUAAUGAUAAAAAAAUGUCAACAUAUUAAAUGUGUACACAACAAAAACUGCAUCCUUAUCC